AUGACGGGGCGGAGGCCAGCUCAUCUUCGGAUGAUGAGGUGUAAGCUGGUUUCUGCCACUGAUGAGAACAUCAUAGACAAACGUAUUCUAUCAAUGAAAAAGAAAGAAUUACAUUUAGAACAAGAUGAAGUGAACAAGUUGAUUGAUGAAUUGCAGGCAGCCGUAAAGAGCUACAAAGGUCACCUCUCAAAACUUCUCCCUCAGUUACGAGCUGAACAAGAGCAAUGCACUUCAUAUGUCUACCAGCACAUUAAAGAACUUCCUGCAAACACACUUCUCUCACAAGGUCUGCAGCUAAAGGUUUAUAAAAAUGGCAAAGAUACUGGGGAAACUAUUGUUCACAUCAGUAGAAAAGAGAUGGAAAGAACCAGUAAUUGUGGGAAUCAACUCAGUGUUAUGCUAGAGAAGGUACAGCACAUAAUUCACCGAAGGCUCCAAUGUUCAGCAGAAUUCAAACCAUCCAGCCUCAGCCGCUUUCCAACUCAGCUUUUUGAUGAGACUGGACAAGAAAUUAAAAACCCACUUUUACUGCAGAAUGAGCAAAAAAUUUGGGUUUCUUAUGGUGAAGAUUACAGGUCUCCCUUAAAUCCUGUUCUGAGUCUGACCUUUGACAGAGUGACUGCAGCUGAAAAGAAUGGCAUCACAGUUAUUUAUAAAACACUUCUGGAUCCCACUGUUGAUUUGCUGCCUGGAAGUGACAAGUACAUUAACUCCUGCUUUAUUUGAGUUUUCUGAUCCACUAAGCCUAAGAUUGGGGAA